AUGAAAGCUUCUUCCAAGGAAAUGGAUUGGAGAUCGACAACGGAUGAAGCCGCGUCUAGCGCAAGUUUCAGACAAUUAUCCCCCAGCGGUUACGCCAGUCACAGGUUAUCCAGUGGAGCAGCAGUGGUCCCACUCUACCUCGAGCCGUCGACGAUCAGUAGGGGCGAAGAGCCGCGUCAAUCCCUCCUUACCACCGAUUCUGCCUUUCCGCUGGAGGAUUCUCGAGGAGGAUCUUCACGGAACUCCGAACACACGAUCAUCGAAGACGCACCCCAGGAGAGCCUGAGCGCAAGGCAGGCUACUGAUACGGAACCGUCCCCCACAAGCAGGGAUGGGUACACAGUCAACGAUCCGGGCAUCCCAUACGGCCUCAGAGUGAAGCCCUCUCGAGCGCCUCGUGCGGCUCUUGGGGUUCAGACGGAGCAGAGAGCGCCUCCUGUUAGAACGCUUCCUGCUAAAAAAUCCAAGGAACUGUCUGAGAAAAGAUCCGGCGGUGUGGACUGGGCAAGAGAGAUGCGGAAAAAGGGCAGCUGGAAAGAUUUGUUCACAGGGAAGGGGAAGAAGGAGGAUCCAGACCAACCCGAGGGAUCAUCCAGAUCUAAGUAG